GGAUUUAUAGAGAGUGAGAGAUUAAUGAUAACUUUUUGAUCUGCUUGGAAAAAACACAUCUUGGAUUCCAAUGAUCUGUCAGGGAAAAUUCAGCAGGUUAUGAUAUGGUGGCAAAUUUCAUAUCCGGAAGCAUCGAAUCACAAGGUGUCAAAGGACUUUGGCCUCUAGAAAUUGCUGUCUUGUGCUCCUAGUGCUCCUGAACCACUAGUCUAACACAAAGACAGAGAUGCACAAGUGACUCCUGCUUCUUCCUUCUCUUCAGGUAUGGGUCUAAAUAAUAUUUCGAUUUUGCAGAUAAAGCAGCAUAACCUCAGUUGCAAUGACAAUACUGUACUGUGUCGUGCUUUGGAGUUUACUGAGCUCUUAAACUGUGUGUGUGUUUAUAGACUAUACUUUCAAAAAUAAAUGUCACUGUUCAAAAUUUAGAUCUUCUAACUCUUGCUUGGAGUAAAGCAUGUCGUUAAGCCACAAAAUAAUAAUAUAUUGACUGUACAACUGCAGUCACAGAAGUGAGCAAAUGAGAAGUAAAUGUGGGUUAGCUGUCUGAAUCUGAGUUCCAAGUUCACCAUUAAAAGAGUCAUAUGACUGUCAGUGUGACAGUCUGUUAUAUAAUAACUCACAUAAAGUUAAGCCUCAGCUGUAUGACUGAAUUCUAGUCAAAACACUGAGUGGAGACCGGAGAUAUACAGAUCUUAUCUUUUCUGUUCUCUAUCAUCAGUCAACAGAAACAUGUUCACUAUUAAGUAAGGUAGGAAUUUCUGUUGCAAAUCAUUUAUAAGCAUUAACACACAAGAUGCUGAAUAAUAAUAGUGUAAUUACUGUAACAUUUCCUUAUUUUAGCUGCUGUUCGAGGGAUUUCUAUGGAGGCAUUUGGCCUGAGGAGGACCCAGUCACUCAAGAGUCUCUCUGGGGUUCAGGAGAGGUCAUGGGUCAUGCCAGCUUCCACCCGCUGGGACAGGAAAUCUGUCUCUCAGCUGGUGCGACAUUACCAAAGCUGUGCGGACCUGAGAAGUACUGAAAAAGUAGAGCAUAAACUCCAGGUGUCAGAAAACUGUGUGGAUGGUCGAUGGAGAAGGCUGGAGAGCAGGGAUAAUGUGGCCCUCAAGGGAUCUGGAGGAAGUUCAAAUCUGUCCAGGAGUCGCUCCAUGGACUUCUUGCCUCAGAAGGAGCCUACAGGCACCAAAGCUCUGUGUGCCCUGUUUGAGUCCAAGGCCACCCUGCAGCAAGGCUUCAACAGCAACCCUCGGCUGAACUUAGCAGCUGCGGCUGGUAGUAAGACAGGGAGAGACUGCCCUCUGCAGGACUGGAGAGGUCACAGCACUCAUCUAAAGGGUACAACCAUUCAGAAAGCUGCCCAGUUGGAAGGAGGAAAGGCCGUGAAUGGGCUCCCAGAGUCUUACGACAGAGUGUCCAGACACUCACAUGAUGACAAAUAUAGCUCACCAGUGACUAAAGGGGGCACCUCAAAAAGACAAACCAGAGACGGGAUAUCUACUUCCUGCUCAGUGAGAGACAGAUCAGUUCUGUAUCUUUCAAGAGCAGCCCCUAUCGACUCCACCGGAGGCUCAGAACAGCCAGAAUUCAUUGGUACUCCAGGAACAAAGACUAAAAAUAGGAAGAUGGAUGAAGCAGCCAGGAAAAUCACUGUUUCACAAUCAUCUCACGAUGAAGAUGACCUGCCUCCCCCUCCACCUCCUCCUGUGCCACCUAGACCCCUUGACUAUGAAGGGCCUUCAGAAUCAAGUAGCCUCCCUGUUCCUCCUCCUAAAGAAACCUUCUCCACAUUCUACCAGCAACGGCAGAAGAGUGAGCUGAAGAGACUCUUUAAACACAUUCACCCAGACCUACGGGCAAGUCUUGAUGAUGUCGUUGAUGAUGAGAUAAUGAAGGCGGUGCAGUCAGAAAACACUCAGGUAGUGGAUGCAGCUUAUCAGGGUGAAGUGCAGUCCAUGAAGUGGAUCUUUGAGAACUGGACACUGGACAAUAUUGGGGAUCCUCAUGCAACCAAGCAGCUGCUGUAUGAUGAGGAGCUGAAAUUUGGAGAUGUCAAAGGCGCCUCUUCUAUGUUUGAGCAUAUAGACAGCACCAAACAAAUGUCUGCUAAAAGACAGACUUCGGUCAAAGGGGAUGUGAGAACAUCUAUGUGGCUCUUUGAGACCCAGCCCUUAGAUUCUUUAAAUCAAUUACAAGGAGAAGAAGAUGAACUGGUUGAAGCAGUGCUGAAAGAACCCAUCCAGCCAGGAGAUGUGAGAGGGACUCUGCAGCUUUUUGAGUCUAAACCACUAAGUGACUUGGGGCGCUGCAACUCCAUAGAAGACCAUAGUUUCCUCAAACUGAGAUCUGAGCUUCAGGAGCAGAAAGGAGACAUCAAGAAGACUAUAAAACUCUUCCAGGCAGAACCCUGCUGUGCUAUCACGGACAACAGCGGCAAUAUCCAUGAGAUUAAAUCCAUCUGCAGAGAGGAGAUCAACAGCAGCAACAUCAACACUGCCCGUUGGCUUUUUGAAACCCAGCCUUUGGACCUGAUUAAUAAGGGAACUGAUGGGGUGAAAAUAAUUCGGGGGAUAUCCCUGGAAGAGGGGCACCAAGGAGGAGUUGACCAAAAGAGGUGGAUGUUUGAAACUCAGUCAUUUGACACAAUACAAGAGGUUGUGGGAGUGGAUAAAUUUGAAGGAACAGUGGCUGAAUGUGCAAGAGAAGCCAAUGUCAUCAGCAAGAAGAAGCACUUCGAGAUGCAACCCCUAGCAUCACUAAAAGAAGACUCUGCAGAAAAGUCUUUGAAAAAGGAAGAAAUCUUUGGUGGAGAUGUCAAAACUACUUUGUGGCUAUUUGAAACUCAACCCAUGGAGACCCUUAAUGAUAGCUAUGAAGUAGGGGGUUUGGAGAAAAUUACCCUCUCAGCUGAUGAACAAGGAGAAGUAAAAGGCAAAAAAUUAAUUUUUGAAAGCAGUGGUAUUCAAACAAACACCUCAUUCAAGCAACAAGAGAUUGAAAAGGGUGAUGUCAAGGGUUUCAAGCACCUUUUUGAAACAAUUCCUCUGAGCAAAAUUGCUCAUUCCGAUGAGGAGAUUGAAAAGGAAAAAGCUAUUGCAGCAGGGAAUGUAAAAGAUAACAAAGCAAUGUUUGAGGCAACCCCUUUAUACGCAAUAAAGGACAGCUCUGGAAACCUUCAUAAGGUCACCACUGUUAGCCGGGAAGAAUUAAUUAAAGGGAGGGUUCAAAACUAUAAGUGGAUGUUCGAGACCAAACCUUUAGAUGAGCUUGCAGAGGGAAAAGCAAAUGUUGAGGUAAUCAAAGGCAUCACAAGACAGGAGGAUAAAAUGGGUGAUGUCAAGAUGGCAAAGUGGCUUUUUGAAACUCAGACAAUAGAUGGGAUCCAUUCCAAGUUCAACCAGACAGAGCAUAAUAUCUCUGUAGAAGAAAAGCCUCAUAAAGGUGAUGUUAAGGCCUGUAAAUGGUUAUUUGAGACACAACCAAUGGACAUCUUGUAUGACAAACCAGAAAAAGUAAAUGAAAAAGAAGCCAUUGACAAUACCAAUGUCAAGUCCAUUACUUGGCUUUUUGAAUCACAGCCUCUGGACAGCAUCAAAGAUGGCGAAGAGUACAGUUUGAAGCUAUGCAGCACCAUACAGGAUCUUGUCAAAUCAGAGAUCGGUGUUCAAACAGUUAGACAUCUUUUUGAAACAGAAACCUUGGACAGAAUCAAAAAGGAUGCAACUUCUGAACACAACGUAAAAUGUGUGAGUCUGGUCAACUUUCAGUCUGGAGAUGUCUCACGAGUGAAAGAACUUUUUGAAUCCCAGUCACUUGAUGAAAUAGGAUCAGAAAUGGUGACAACAACAUCUGAUAAACAGAACCAAGAUGAACACAUUGAAAAGGGUUCAGUACAUACAUUUACUUGGAUGUUUGAGAACUGUCCCAUGAAUCUUAUCAAUAAGGACAACAACGAUGCAAACAUUCAGAGAGUCAGUGGUGCAGAGAGUGGUGAUGUCCGGAACAAAAAGUUUGUAUUUGAAACAUCUUCGCUGGACACAAUCCAAAACCAGUCCCUUGAGCAGAGGUCAGUCUGUGAUGAACAGCCGGUGAGCAAUGUUGAUGUAAAGUCAAGCACAAUGAUGUUUGAGUCCCUGCCACUGUAUGCCAUCAGAGACAAAGAGGGUCAGUUUCAUGAAGUUACAACGGUGAAAAAAGAAGAGAUAAUGAGUGGUGAUGUAAGAGGAGCAAGGUGGAUGUUUGAGACAAAACCCCUUGAUACCAUCAAGGCAGAGAAUGAAGUUUAUGUCAUCCGAGCUGUCACCCAAGAAGAUGUGAAGAAAGGAGAUGUCAAAUCAGCAAGAUGGAAGUUUGAGACACAACCUCUGGACUCCUUUACCAGCCGAGAUGAGACCUCUCUAAGGGUCACUGAAGACCUAGGGUGUAGUAAUGUGCAGCUCAAUAAACAGAUAUUUGAAUCUGAGCAGUCCCGUGACAAGUUUGUGCGAAUGGUUAGUGUCACUGAUGUCCAGCAUGGUGAUGUGAGGACCUCCACCUGGCUCUUUGAGAAUCAAAACAUUGACAGUCUGAAAGGGGAACCUGAAGAGCAAGGCCCGGUAAACACAGUCCACAGAGAAGACAGCCAGAAAGGAGAUGUCAAACGCUGCACUUGGCUGUUUGAAUCACAGCCACUGGACAAAAUCAAGGAGUCUGAGGAUGCCUCAGUGCAAGGUACUGAGGAAGAAAUACCAAAAGUUGAUGUGAAGUGCACUACCUGGCUCUUUGAGACCACUCCACUGGACAAAAUCACUGCCAGCAGUGUCGCUGACACCCUUUUCUAUCUGUAUCAAAUGACUUUUGUUCAUUCAAGUGGCAUCAUAAUAGAAGCAAAUGAGAGUAGAAAUGUUAACAUGGCAAAGUAUCUCCUUGAAGGUGGCAAAGGUGUACAAAUCCAGAAGGAGGAGGCUGUUGAGGGUAACGCCAGAAACAUCAUGUUACAACUCUUACUCAAACCAACCCUAAAGCCACAAGUUAGUCUCCUUAGAGAAGUGGAGAAGGGCAAAGUGAACACCACAGUAGUAGAACUUCCAGUAUACCAGUCAAUAGCUACUAACCUUGAGAGGGAUCAGAGAAUACAAAACAUUGUCCAGAUGAUUGAUGAUCUGCUUGUUCAAGAUAAGGCUUUGAAGAGAGGAAUCAUAAUGCAAGAGACUACAGAGGGACAGGCUCAGAUGUCUGUUUAUUCACUCAUCUGCAAUUAUGAAACCAAGACUGAGAGUCAUGUCAGAGAGAAGGGAGAUGUGAAGUCUACGAUCAGUAAUCUGUUAGCUACUGCUAAUAGUCAGAGGACUGCAGCAUCGUGUAUAGUCGAUGAAAAUGAAAAGGGAAAUGUCAAUUUGUACAAAAGCUGCAUUGAGAAAGGAGAUCUGCACUAUCUGAGAAGUCUUCAUAAUGAGGCAUUAGGAGAUGAAGUUGAUCACAGCCUUCUGGCUGAGGAGCACAUUGAUAUAGUUCAAGGGGAUGUGAAGGGAGCAAAGAGAAGUCUCUGUCAGCAAAAAGAGCAGGUUGAGCGAACCAUUUCUGAUGUUUUGCCAGGGGAUGUAAAGAACACCAAAAAAGUUUUUUCUUCUGAGCACUCUUUCAGUGUUGACCACUGUGUUCCAAAGGAACAAAUAAUCCCUGGUGAUGUCUUAUCAGCAAAGCAACAACUUGCCGUGCAGCCACCUAUCAUGGUAGAAAAAGAGGACAUUGUGGCUGGGGACAUAAAGGCAACAAUGCAGUCAUUAGAACGUGCAAAGCAACAGAGCAUGUGUGUGGAGCGGGAGAUCCUUAUACCUGGAACUAUCUAUGAUAUGGAUUUGUCAGCUCAAGGUCCUGAAAUAGAAGGAAGCCAAUCUCAAAAAGAAGUCAUUAUAUCAGGGGAUGUGAAAGCAGCUAAAAAGUCCCUCGAAAUGGCUAAGCAGCAGAGCAUGCAUGUGGAACGUGAAGUCAUUGUCCCUGGAAAAAUAUACAACCUGAAUGUCACAGCAGAAGAGGGAAGCUCCUCAGCAAUGAUGCAAUCUACAUGUUCGUCUUCCUCUGGGUGCCAGCAAAUUGAGACUUUUCCAAAGGUCAGUGAUGCAGAGAAACAUCAAGAAUGCCAUGUUUCCUUUGAGGCAUGUCAACAAAGUGCAGAUAUAGUUAGUAAUUGUACACCAGGAUCACUGCCACUUUUUGUAAGUUGUGAGUAUAAUGGUCAGACAACAGAACAUGAGCCAGACGUUACCAGAGGAGAUGUGAAGGCAGCUAUUCAGUCUCUGCAGAAUGCAGCAGCAGAGCAGAGGCUCUUAGAUAAAGAAGAUAUUGUAAGAGGUAAUGUCCAAUUGGCUUUGCAAUCUCUUGAGAAGUCUAGUGUAAAUGUAUCCAAAGGAGACUAUAAAGCUGCAAUGAUAUACAGAAAUUCAGGAAGGACUUGUUCAGGGAGGAGCAAGACUGUUCACAAGCAGUGUGUUGUGGUGUCUAUGCCUCCAUCUGACACAAAAUUGUCUCCUUCAAUUUCAGUAACCUGUGAAGGACAACCAUCCAUUACAACACAGAAUUCAGCAUCCAAUCCUGUAGCAAAUGGAAAUUUAAUAUCCUCCACCUCUGAGAGUUUAACUCCACCUCCACUUCCUCAAAAGACAAGUGAGAAACCACAGAGGCAGAAGCCAGCCUUAUCGCCAAAGCCACAAUGGACAAAAUCUGUAGUUGCAGAGGAACGAAAUAUUUUUCCAACUCCUGCUACCAAAGUCGGUUUCCCAGUUAGAGGCCAGAGAAAAAGUGCAGUGAUUCCUCCGCAACAAAGCAAACAGCUUCCAGCGCUCUCUGCAGAUGAACUACAAGAAGCUACAACAAAUGGCAAAAUAAGUGAAGAGGCCUUGCAUGAAACAUACCACCAAAACUGUGUUGAUGAAUCAGCUCAAGACCCAAAUCUGACAACAGACUGUCCAUCAAUGGACUCAAGGGCUCAGGAAAUUAAAAGGACAAAGAAAACAGAACUUACAGAAAGCAAAUCUGACUGCCAAGUAAUGAUGUCAAAUAGCACUGAUGUGGAAAUGGAGAAAAAAAUAAUACAGAAAAUCAAUGCAAUUGAAGAGAUACCAAUGUGCAGGAAGAAUUAUGCAGAUGGUCAAUGUGAAAUAAACAAGAACUUGCAGGCUACUCUACAGAAUUUUGAAAGAAUUGGAAGUGAGACUCUGGACAAAAGAACCCCUUUGUUGUCCAAGAAGGUAAAAGUAAUAAGAGAUAAUGUGAGUGAGAAUAAACAAACCAACAAAACUACUGAUGAACAACAGCAAUUAUAUCCAAAAAAGGAACACAAAACUGAUGACACACAGCAAACAUCACAGAUCAGUGAAAAGCAACUCAAAUCUGAGGAUAAAGUUGUUUUAAGAGAAAAGAAAGUAAAGGAGACAGAUGAUGAAAGACGACAAAGACUUUCUGUCCACAAGGAAGAGAUCAUGAAAGGAAAUGUGAAAGCAGCAAUGGAAAUCUUUGAAAAUAUGAGAAAACGAGAGGAACUCAAAGGAAUCCUGUCUCAGGUGCGAGAGAUAGAAGGAGAGACCAGCAGUACAGAUGUUAGCUCCUUGAAAAUAUUAUAUGAUGAUGUCCCCGCUUGGAUGGUUACAACAAAAAGAAAUGCAAAGGAAAGUAAAAUGGAGAAAAAGAAAGUUGAAGUAGAGACAGAGGAUGAUGAUCUCGAAAGCAUCUCAUCUGUUGAGACUGCAUUCGAAGAUCUGGAAAAGGCAAGCAAGGAAAUAAUGAGUCUGAAGGAACAAACUUUAGCAAAACUUCUUGACAUUGAAGAGGCAAUUAAAAAGGCUUUGUACUCCGUCUCCAAUCUGAAAUCUGAGGCUGACAUCGCAGGGUUGUCAGGACUCUUUGAUGAAUCUUUGAAAUCUGAACAAAACUUUCAGCCUGCCAACAACAUCAGGAAAAUAAGCAUUGUGUCAAGCAAGGCCAAAUCAGGUCCAAUUAAAGAGGUAUCUGAUGAGAAUAUGCAAACAGUUUCGGAUUCAAGUCCUAAACAGGAAGCGCCCAGACAAAUACGCACAAAGCCGCUCAUCAGACAGUCCUCUUCGCAGUCUUCCCCGUCAUUUAUCUCCAUUCACUCAGCUGCUAGAAGGCCUGCCGAACAACUAAGGUCACCGAUGUCAACAUUUAAACCAAAAACAGAAGGUAACCCUCAAAGCUGCCAUGAUGCAUAUAGCGGUCUGGGACAGGAAUCUACUGAUGCCAAGUCCUCCAAAACUCACAAUCCUGCACAGCGCAAGGUCAGCGUUCUUGAGGUAAAAACUGUUCCGGAGCAACCUGCAGGAAUAAUUGGCACAAAGACUGUCAGUGAAACAUAUGAAGAGACUGAUGGCUUUGGCAAUGUAUUUGUCUCUUCUGUGACUUCAACAUUUGUCACCAAACAGUCUGACAAUAAAUCAUCUGCACUGUUUGAAGUAAAUGGGAGUCCAGCCAGGUAUGAAGUCAUGACAUCCCCAUUAAUUCGAAGAGCUGGUCCCCCUUUUGAAGACAGAGCACCAAGCAAUGCAAGGGAGGAAGGGACGGUGUUUGUAACAUUUAGCCAACCAAAAGAAACAAACUAAAUAAGACACAAAGUGCAUUUCCUACUCUGUGUGUAUAUGUUUUCAAGAAAUGAUUUUGUUAGUCAUAAAAUUGAUCUUAUGCAAACAUGAAAAUUUUGACUUUUGACUGAAAAGAAAUUGUCUUUUAGAUUUUAUACUGUAACGAAAUGAUAAAGUGCUCAGUUCUUUUAUUAAAGCU